AUGCCUUCCGUCGGCAAUCCCAACGGCCCCUCCAAGAACCGCCUUGCGGCGCGCGCCUCAAGUGCCCGCAAGGAGCGACGCAAGCGAUCACAAGCACCCAAGGAUAAGGUCGCAAAGGCCGAUACUACACGAGGCGCAAGGCCAGGUCUUUUGCCUACGAGUGGACCUAGGGCCAAGUUGAGCGCUAAGAAGGCGCGCAAGAUGGAGAAGAGACUGGCGCAUGCUAUGAAGAGAAAGAUGGAAGCCGAGGGCGAGGCGGAGAUGAAGGAUGCGCCAGAGGUUGAAGGCGAGAAGGCUGAGGAGGUUGAGAUGGGCGAUAUUCAGUGA